GUAGGGUUACUAAAAGGUGAGGACACUUCCUGACAAGUUUACAACACGGAGAAGUCAGCUUGAGGAAGACUAGAUCUCCUUAGGAGACCCACUUGAAAGAAAGAAAAAAAAAAGCACUUGCUGUACCUAGAGGAGACUCAGGGUAUCGAAGAGAAACAGGAGGGAGCAGCCUUCCUCUGUGUCUUCUGUCCCUGCUCUGCCUUCUCAGAGUCAUUCUUUGGGCACAUUUUGUGGUACCAGCCUCCCCGUCCUCGUCUGGCCAUGUCCUUAGCCGAGGCAAUCCGCCUUUGGAAUGAAGGGGUGCUGGCAGCAGACAAGAAGGACUGGAGGGGGGCCUUGGAAGCCUUCACCGGAGUCCAGGACCCCCAUUCCCGGAUCUCCUUCAACAUCGGCUGCAUCUACAUGAUUCUGGAAAACAUCCAGGAGGCAGAAAAGGCCUUUACCAGGAGCAUAAAUCGAGACAAACAUUUAGCAGUGGCUUAUUUCCAACGAGGAAUAGUCUUGUAUAAGAUGGAGAAAUAUGACUCAGCUCUUCAAGACUUGAAAGAAGCUUUGACUCAGCUCCGAGGGAACCAGCUGAUAGAUUAUAAGAUCCUGGGGCUGCAGUUCAAGCUAUUUGCCUGUGAGGUGUUGUAUAACAUCGCUUUCAUUCAUGCGAAGAAAGAGGAAUGGAAGAAAGCCGAGGAGCAUUUGGCAUUGGCCAUGAGCAUGAAGACAGAAGCUAGACACUCUAAAAUUGACAAAGCUAUGGAAGCUGUCUGGAAACAGAAACUGUUUGAUCCAGUGGUGAUUCCUGUGGGGAAAUUGUUCAGACCUAACGAGAAGCAGGUGGCUCAGCUGGCCAAGAAGGAUUACUUGGGAAAAGCUACGGUUGUAGCAUCUGUGGUGGAUCAAGACAGUUUCUCAGGAUUUGCCCCUCUGCAACCCCAGACAACUGAACCUCCCCCAAGACCCAAAACACCAGAAAUCUUCAAGGCCCUGGAAGGAGAGGCACACCGAGUGCUGUUUGAGUUUACACCUGAGACGUCAGAGGAGCUCCAAGUCUUGCCAGGAAACAUUGUCUUUGUCCUGAAGAAAGGGAAUGAUAACUGGGCCACGGUUAUGUUCAAUGGGAAGAAGGGACUUGUCCCCUGUAACUACCUGGAACCUGUUGAACUCCGGAUCAGUUCUCAACUUCAAAACCAGGAGGAAACGUCUCCAAAUUCUGACAUCCCAGCACCACCCAAUUCCAGACCUCCUGUAAAGCCUCACACAGCUUCAGGCACAAAGCAACCGGAAGAGCAGAUGGAUCUAAAGCUCCGUGUCCCCACGUUGUACACCCUCAAAGUGCACUACAAGUACACAGUGGCCAUGGAGGUUCGUCCUGGGCUUCCCUACAGUGAGAUCUUGGACCUGGUGUGCAAGAAACUGGAGCUGCUCCCCAAGCACACCAAGCUGAGCUAUCGGCCUGGGGACGACAAGGACCUUGUCACCCUUUCAGAGGAAAACAUGAAAACUGCAUGGAGUGAUGCAAAGAAUUAUUGCCUGACCCUCUGGUGUGAACACACGGUGGGUGACCAAGGCUUUCUAGAAACAGCAGAGGAAGAAGAGACAUUAAAUGGUAAUAUCCAAGUGACAGAAUCUCAACAGAGAGAAGGAAAACAAGUGUUAGCACUCUUCAAUUAUGAAUCUUCCCAACCAGAAGACCUAGAAUUUCUGGCCGGAGAUGUGAUUAUGGUAUUGUCAAACGUGAAUGAUGAAUGGCUGGAAGGAGAAUGCAAUGGGAAAGUGGGCAUUUUUCCAAAAGCUUUUGUUGAAGAAUGUGCAGCUACAGGCCCAGUCGGCCAGGCUGUAAAAGCCUAGGCAAAGAAGUUGGAAAAGGAGUUCUGAGCAUUUCCAAGAUGUGUGAUAACCGUUGUCCAGAGGAACGAUGCCAGUUGGAGAAUGUUAACCUGUUUUCCUUGUCAAGUUUUAUCUGUUGUUUUUCUCCAUUAAAAUUCCUGUUACUUAAGCACUUGGGAACCUGGAUAACGAGUGGAGUUUCCAGGGAACAAGGCAUUUGAGUCCUUGUUUCACAGCAUCAAUUGCUAGCAUCUCUUAGUCCACGAGGGUGUUAAGUAUCAAGCCAGGUUCCUGAAGGUUCAAAUAUAUGGAAGGCUCUAUUAGCCAAGCAGUAAAAAGAAAGCAAUUCUCAGGAAGCCAGAAUAAUCCAGGUUAAAAUCCUUAUAUUAAAAUGCACAAAGCACCUUCUUCUUCAGAAGUAGCUUGUACAAGCAUGAGAUAGGGAAUUGAACACUUGUGAUUUCAAUGUCACAGGGAAUCUUAGGUGAGGAAAAUCUAUUAGUGCAAGUUGGCACCCCCUCUGCCACCUAAGAAUCUUAGAAGUCACCACACCAUGAAGAGAUUAAGUAACCAGCUCAGGUUCACAAAACCUGCAUGUUUCUAGUGAAAGACUUGAAAUAACCCCGGCCUUCCAGUUCUAUGGACCCUCUCCGGAUAGUCUCACAGCUAGCAAAAAUACUGGGGAGGGGCAGGGCUCGGGGAGAAGAGAGGGGAUUUCAGUCCACACCUCCUGAGUCAUAUUUCACACUCUUCCAUGUGACCACAAUAAUUCUCUAUUACCCUCAUUUUAGUGAUAAGCAAAGAAGUCUCAGAGAGGCCAAGUGACUGAUGUCCCACUCUUAAGAAACAUCCAGAGCUCCUUCCAGCAGUCACUCUUUCUGCCAUACCCACAAAGCUUUAUUUUAGUUUCCUUGGUUUUGUCAAGAAAGUCAAAAUGUUCAUCUUUUAAAUGUUGUUUUCCCUUGCUGAGUUCAUUCAAAUCUGUUAAGCUCAUCCCAUUGAAAAUUUUUCAUGUUUAAUUAUCAAUGAACUACAAUGGUAAAACAUUGGCUUUCUAACAGUUUUAAAAUAAACGAAGUGAAGCGCUAUAAAUUGGA